AUGAAUGUUGUUUACACACUCGCCAGCUCAGGCUCGGGAGUCCCCAGCGUCUUGAGUCACCGCAGAAGUGGCAUCGUAAUAAUUGUAGGAAGUGGCAUCAUCGUAAUAAAUGUAGGAAGUGGCAUCAUCUGUCAUCGUAAUAAUGUAGGAAGUGGCAUCAUCGUAAUAAUUGUAGGAAGUGGCAUCGUAAUAAUUGUAGGAAGUGGCAUCAUCGUAAUAAAUGUAGGAAGUGGCAUCGUAAUAAUUGUAGGAAGUGGCAUCAUCGUAAUAAAUGUAGGAAGUGGCAUCAUCGUAAUAAUUGUAGGAAAUGGCAUCGUAAUAAUUGUAGGAAGUGGCAUCAUCGUAAUAAAUGUAGGAAGUGGCAUCAUCGUAAUAAAUGUAGGAAGUGGCAUCAUCGUAAUAAUUGUAGGAAGUGGUAUCAUCGUAAUAAAUGUAGAAAGUGGCAUCAUCGUAAUAAAUGUAGGAAGUGGCAUCAUCGUAAUAAUUGUAGGAAGUGGUAUCAUCGUAAUAAAUGUAGAAAGUGGCAUCAUCGUAAUAAUUGUAGAAAGUGGCAUCAUCGUAAUAAUUGUAGAAAGUGGCAUCAUCGUAAUAAUUGUAGAAAGUGGCAUCAUCGUAAUAAUUGUAGGAAGUGGCACAUCAUCGUAAUUGAUUUUUUUUUUUUUUUUCGUUUCCCUGUUACUUCAUGUUUUGUCAGUGUGAAUGUUGUCCACGUUUCCUUUAUUCACAAGAGUGUACAGCCACCCAGAGGCUACCUCUCCCAACAGGCUACUUCCCCCUCUGUCCCUGUCCCUCAGUCUCCUCAUGUGUCCCCAAACUUUCAAGGAACGAGGAAGCCAAACUUAGCCACGGUCCCACGCCGGUACCUUUGAAAGUCGCCCUGUCACCUGCAGCCGUUUGGUGAAUACGUAUCCCGGGCAUUGAUCCUCCCGCCGCCGUUAACCUGCCUCCAGAACACCGUUACGCCCGCGGGAGGCUCAGGAUUAGCGGAGCUUCAGAGUUAAGCCAGCGGGCAGGAGGAGCCGUAACUAAAACUAACUCGGCGAAGGGAAGGAAACUUUCUCAUCAAGGAAUUUUGUGGUGCUAUUAAAACUUCAUAAAUUGGUCAUUAAAGUUAUCAUCAUCUCUUGUCAUUAACUAUCGGAACCUCCGCUGCUAUUCACGCUAUCGAGGUCUGCGGCGCGUCUGUGAGUCUGCUCAGGUGUUGAUGGGAAGGAGGGGAGGGGAAGGGGGCUGAGGCAGGAGCUGUUGUGUAGAGGAGAGCGGCGAGGCAAAGAGGUAGGGAUGAUGAAGGUGAAAGAGGGAAAGGUGGGGAUAGUGAAAGAAAAGAAACUGUAGAAGAAGGUAAUUUUUAGUAUAGGCGAGGGGGGGAGGAGUAAUGGGAGCAAUGGGAGGAGUAAUGGGAGGGGACAUCUAGCUCAUAAUAUAACCAGGCAGCUUAGAAGUAAUUCUAGAGGAGUAACAGAGGACGGGCUAAGAAUCUUCUAUACUCACAGCAGGAGCCUCAGAAACAAGAUAGACUUACUAAGGGGUGAAGCUUGUUCAGAAAAUUUUGACAUAAUAGCGAUCACUGAGACAUGGAUAGACUUUGCUAAUAGAAAUUUUAGGUCAGAAUUUGAAAUAACGGGUUAUCAGAUGUUUCACAAAGACAGAAGGGGCAGAAAGGGAGGUGGAGUUGCGCUAUAUGUUAAAGACUCACUUAAAUGUUUAGUUAACAACUCAGUCAAAACUAACAUGGAUUCUGAAUCAGUU